AUGGGAGUCGAGUUGGCCGACAGUCCACACACCCAGGAGCUGAUUCUUCAGGUGUUUCAGCAAAGUCUCAGCUCUCCCGAUAUUCUCAGCGAAAUGGGCGAGAUGAUCAUCGAUCAAUGCGGCUGCAUGCUCAUCGCGGGAUGUCCGUCGGUCUAUCACCAGAUCAUUGCCCUCUUCACAGAACUCAGCAUCAAAUCGGCCAAGUUAUGCAUCUUCAGUGGACCAUUGCCAGAUCCGCGUUCUAUGAACCGCUUCACCUGUGUAAUAAACGGGUUCGCCAACAUGGCAGCAUGGUUACAGGGCCAAGAUGAGCUCAUUGAUCUUCUGGGCAGGUUGUUGGAGCACUUUGUGCAGCUGGACGUUGAACUGCGACGCGAUUUCAAGAAUGGCGAAGCGCUUCUUCAUAGGCUUCCUCCUAUUCAACGCCCAACAUCCCGACUGCACAAACUGUUUCGCGAUUUCUGGCUCUACUGUGUCAUGUUUGACUUUGCGCAACCAGACUCAAAACAGCGGCCUAAGGAGUGGUUUCUUGGUGUCUGUGAAAUUGCCGCCAAGUGUCCAACGCUUCUGGCUCGGGAACCCCUGCGUUCUGAAUUGAACUUCAGUUCGGCCUUGGAUUCAAAGACCAUGUCACAGGUCUCUCGAUUUUCUAGGCUAGGAUGCUUCACCUGUCUUUUUGCCGCACGCACCCUUAAAUAUUCUGCCUACGCAUUUGAAUCAUUGCUUUACAUUAUUGUGAUUUGGACUUUGUUCUACCUGCCAUUCGAGCUGACUACUUCGGAAUCAUAA